GCAAGGAAACACACCCGUCAGCAGCGCGCAUUGGAGACAAAAAAAACGAAACGCAUCACGGACAAAGAAAAUAUGGGUGCCCUGGAGAGGAUUCGCCACCGCCGGUUCCGACAAUGGAUGAGCCGCUUCUGUUCCAUUCAGCCGGACUUCAUUUAGCCCACCUUAAUGAGGUGCUGGGACGCGAGGUAUUGCAAGCUAAAGAGGCGGAAGGCUGCGUUUAAUCCGUCUGCGGAUCCUAUGAGUUUGCAAUGGCUGUUGCGGGGAUAUGCCACCGGCUAGGGAGUCAUGUGCCUUUUUAUUAUUUUGUGAUAUUCUCCUUGUUUUGUGGCCUUUCGUGUGGACAGUUGCGCUAUUCUGUUACGGAAGAACUGGAAAAUGGGGCACUGGUUGGCGAUCUGGCGCAUGACUUGGGGCUGGAUAUUCGAAAGCUGGCCAGCCGAAAAAUCAAGGUAACCUCCAGCAGCAGCAGUAAGCGCUACGUGAUUGUCAACCCCAAAAAUGGCAAAUUGCUUGUUAAUGAGAGGAUGGACAGGGAGGCGCUGUGCGAUUCGUCCAGCAGCUGCCUCAUCAAUCUGGAGGUUCUGGUGGAAAAUCCCACCGAGGAGCACCAUGUUGACGUGGAGAUAGUGGAUGCCAACGAUAAUGCGCCACAGUUCCCCAGGGACGAGUACCAGGUUGAAAUCACAGAAUCUGCUUUGCCGGGGUCGAGGUACCCGAUCGAAAAUGCCCAGGAUCCUGACAUCGGCUCCAAUGCAGUUCGCAUAUACCAGCUGAGCACAAAUGACCAUUUUGCGCUGGUAUCGAACAAGCCCUCCUUGAAUACAAAGCACAUCGAGCUGGUGCUCAAGAAGCCUCUUGAUCGGGAGCAAACGCCUUACCACCAGUUAAUUUUGAGCGCCGUUGACGGCGGGACACCCGAGAAGACGGGCACCGCCAAAAUCAACGUGCGAGUCCUGGAUUCCAAUGACAACGUCCCCGUGUUUGACAACUCCGUGUACAAGGUGAAACUGUUGGAAAAUUCGCCCAAAGACACCCUGGUGAUCAAACUCAAUGCCACGGAUCUGGACGAGGGCACCAAUGGCGAGGUGUACUACUCCUUCAGCAGCUACACUCCUGAGAGAGUGAGGCAGAUGUUCAGCAUGGACACCAACACGGGAGAAAUACGAGUAAGAAGCAACGUGGACUACGAAGAGACCAACUCGUACGAGAUGUACAUCCAAGCUAUGGACAAAGGUCCGGGGGCGGUGGCAGCACACUGCAAGGUGGUGGUAGAAGUGGUGGACGUGAACGACAACGUCCCUCAGAUUGUGCUGUCGUCCCUGUCCAGCCCCGUGAGGGAGGACGCUCGAGCCGACACGGUUGUGGCCCUCAUUAGCGUCACUGAUCGGGACUCCGGCGCCAACAAGCAGGUGACUUUAGAGAUCCCCGCAGGCCUUCCUUUCAAGAUCAAGUCAUUCAGAAACUACUACACCCUGGUUACCUCAGCCUUCCUGGACCGCGAGACCGUUGAUGCCUACAAUGUCACGCUGAGUGCCACAGACGGAGGAAACCCUCCUCUCUCCUCUCAGAAGACCAUCCAGGUGGACGUGGCUGACGUCAAUGACAACCCACCCCGCUUUGAGCAGACAUCAUAUACGGUCUACGUGACGGAGAACAACGGCCCCGGGGCCUCCUUGUGUACCGUGAAAGCUCAAGACGCAGACAUCAAGGAGAACGCACGCAUCACUUACACGGUGCUCAAUGACAACAACCACGGCAUUCCCGUCACCUCGUAUGUGUCCGUGAAGGCCGAUACUGGCGAGGCUUAUGCCCUGCGAGCCUUCGACUAUGAAUCACUUAGAGAGUUUCACUUCCAGGUCAAAGCCCAAGAUGGGGGCAUUCCUCCGCUUAGUCGCGUCGCCACCGUCUACAUCUACGUCAUGGAUCAGAACGACCACGCGCCACUCAUCGUGAAACCUCCGGGUAAUGGCACGCGCUCCUUGGAGACGGUUCUAAAGAACGCAGAGCCCGGCGCCUUGGUGACCAAAGUGGUGGCGUAUGAUGCAGAUGCCGGUCCAAACGCCUGGCUGGUGUACGUGUUGGAGACCGCCACUGACCUGGACUUGUUCAAGGUGCACGAACACACAGGUGAGAUCAGGACCACUCGAAGAAUCCUGGAAGACAACUCCACCUCCUUUGCGCUAACAGUUUUGGUGAAGGACCACGGCCAGCCUGCGCUCUCCUCCACCGCCACCAUCAAUGUGGCUGUUGUUGAGGUGACCACCAAGGUGGUCCUCGACCCCAAGAAGAUCAUCCGACCCCACAGCACACUGCUUUUCUCAAACGUGACCCUCUACUUGAUUGUUGCUCUGAGCGCCACCACCUUCGUUUUCUUGGUCACCGUGGUGGUGCUGGCUAUUGUCCGCUGCCACGCCUAUUGCACCCAACCUGGGUCCUGCUCCCCUUGCUGUGGGUCACAGAAGCCCCCUCCAGAUGGCGGGAACAGUAGCGUGAGUGCUGGCGGCCCCGGCGGCGGCGCCGCAGGACAGCCGAAUAACAAUGUGGUGCUCCGUAGGGACCUUAAAGUGGAGCCUCACUACAUCGAGGUGCGUGGAAAUGGUUCCCUAACCAAGACUUACUGCUACAAGACCUGCCUGACAGCCACCUCUGGCAGCGACACCUUCAUGUUCUACAACACAGGGCGGCCCAUCAGUGGCACCUGGGGCAGCGGAGCCGACCGCUUCUUUACAAGUGGAAGUGGAUUUGUACGCAGACUGAGCAUGCCCGAUGCGUCGCUGCAAAUCUGCCCGGAGCCAAAAGCCCCAAAUGCUGACUGGCGAUAUUCUGCAUCUUUGAGGGCGGGGGUGCAGAGUUCGGUCCACAUGGAGGAGGCCUCUGUGAUGCAGGGCGCCCAAGGAAUGCUGGUCCAGAAUUGGCCCACUGUGUCCAGUGCUGCUGAUGGAGAGGGCGGUGGCGAGCUGUCACCCCCAGUCGGCGCCGGUGUCAACAGCAACAGCUGGCACUUCCGGUACGGCGCCGGACAAAGCUACGGCCCGCCGCAGGCCCUGAAGCCCGGCGAGAUUCCUCCCGAAGCCUUCAUCAUCCCCGGAUCCCCCGCCAUCAUUUCCAUCCGCCAUGACCCCGGCCCUGUUGACGAUAAAGGUGACUUCAUAAGCUUCGGGAAGAAGGACGAAGCCAAGAAGAAGAAGAAGAAGAAGAAGGAUAAGAAGGAAAAGAAGGAUAAAGGAAAAGAUGAUGGGGAGGAGUGAAAGGGGCCAUUUCAAGCUAAUAUCAUGAUGCCAGAAAAAAGCCAAAUCAGUAUCGUCUUUGCACCAUAUGCAUUAAAUGCCAUAUUUACACCGUACUGUUGCCAAUCAGGCAUUCGGCCCAGCCUGGCUCGCUGCAGCAAGCAAACCUGCUAAACAAAUGCUUUUCUCCUUACGGCUCGUUUGGCCUGCAACUUUAACUAGUAGAAGUUGAUUCUAUUCAAACGUACAUUUAAAAGGUAUUUUAUGGGCUUAGUAUCUACCCUGCCGAUUUCUUCACCAUGCCCAAGUUUGUAUAAUGAAAACCAAAACGGCAAAAAAAAAAAACAUAGAAAGGAGCAAUUUGUAUUUGACAAUUGCCGGCAGACGAUGCCGCCGAUUAUGCACCCCACUUUCAGUCAAACUAAAAAAUGUGACUUUUUUGUUCUUUUCAGAAUAUGUAGGCAUCAAUGAAAUUCAGCAAUUUUGUAAGAAAAAAAAACAAUGAGAAACAGGAACAACUGACAUGUGGACGAUGAGAUUAGCACCUUAAGAGAAUUAGGUGGCUGACACGAGCAACACGACCGUUCAGUCUCCUUCGGUGUAACGGCACAUUGCACGGGUUAGGGAUCUACCCAUGGUUGCACCAACUAUGCCAAGGUUUGUUCCCAGGUUCAGCUUGUUAGACAACUGCAAGAUUUGAUUGUACUAUAGUCACGGAAAACUGCACUUUGUUUGGAAUUUUACCCGUUUUACCCAAUCCCUACAUGACACACAGGAACACGUCUUUCACCUUAUUGUGCCACAUCAGGAUAAAAUGUCAUUCUUCUUCAUAUUAUUAUAAGUACUUUGGUCAUUUUAAGCAUGACUGGGCGCAGCGAUUUCAAAGAGUGCAUAGCAACUAACUACUUCCAACUUCCGAACAGCAUAAAGAGCACUUCCUGUGUUGGGUACCACCAAUCGCUGCAGACUGUAUGAGACGCUGAUGACUACUUUUAGGACAAAUGAGGAUCCAGAGUCUUAUUUUCUUAUCUUUCUUAGCCUAACACAUGGAGGAUGAGCUACAGGUUAAAGAAAGGGUAAAACGUCGGAGCAGCGAGACGUCACGCUCGAGAGAAAUCGAGUGGCUCUCGAUGGAGAGGCGAGGAAGACACUGCUCCAAGAGACUCUAUCAACAAAGAAUUGUGAUUAUAUUAUUUAUUAGGAAAAUCUGGAUCAGACAGACAACUGUCCAUCCAGUGGAUCUAGCCGUGUUACUCUGCCAGAAAAGUCAUUUCUUGGUGUUCGCGUCUCCAAAAUGAAGCACAGUUGGCGGUGUUUGGAUGAUUUUUUUCAGCAAGUAAAAGACGUGUUCUUUUUUCACAUAAGCAUUGUGGGUGAUGGGCAACAUUCCAAAAAAGGUGCAGUUUUCCUUUAAGGGACAUUCCAUGGCUGCAACUAGGUUUAGCAUGACGAUUACAAAUAAGUAUGAAAUCAUUUUACCAGUUACAGUAAGUAACCUACAGUAAUCGUUUGACCAUAGAGUCAUCAUCGGCCCACAAAGGAUGAGACCAUGAGGUGUAAUAUACCAUAUUUUCUGGACUAUAAGUCACUCCGGAGUAUAAGUCACACAAGGUCAAAAAUGCAUAAUUAGGUAGAUAAAACCAUACAUGAGUCGCACUGGAGUAUAAUUCAUUAUUUUACAAACUACUUGACCAAAACAGACAUUACGUCAUCUUGGAAGGAAAGUUCUAACAAUAAAAGAAUAGAGAACAGGCUGAAUAGGUGUUAGAUAUGCUAACAUAAUAGUAAAGCUACACAAAAAAUAAACAUGAACAGAAAAGGUGUCCAGUCUUCAUGUAAAUAAACACUUUUUUCAUUUAUAAGUCGCUCUGGAGUAUAAGUCGCAGGAACAGCCAACCUAUGAAAAAAAGUGUGACUUAUAGUCCGGAAAAUACGGUAAGUUUUUGUAUUUUUCUAAUUCCAUCCUCUGCGACAUGGCUGUCCAUUUUAAAGUACCAUCGUACUCGGGCAAACAGUCUUUACAUGCUCAGUCUCUGAGAAAUUGAAUUGCACGAGAAUUUUACGGUACUUUGGAAAAGGGACAGACACCAAGUACUAGUCAUUUGUAGAAAUGGUUGAGAAUCAUUCAAAAUAUCCGCUAUAGUCCUUUAGAGAUAUAACGUGAAUGGUAAAAAAAAAAAAAAAGGAUAAACACACUUUAAUAUUAGUGAGUUCAAUUGUGUGACUUGGUAUCAUUUGCACCGGCUUUAUUGUUCGCUUAACUCUUUUCUUGUUGCCGCUUGUACUCCAGUGAUGCAGUGUAACUCGGGAACAUUCAGUAUGUGCAGCUGAUGCAACCGCCACCUGACCAUUUGCCUCUUUUCUUGGAAUACAGCACAGCUCUCCUGGGGGUCUCAAGCCAGCUGUGCACCAGCACCCCCACCCCCGCCCCAGUCUAGAAACAAACACUGACUCUCCAACUCAAACAAACAUGGGACGCUACUCUCCCUCGUAUACGCUCCAAGACUGAUGGACGAUGGCGUUCUUGAUGACGAGAGUGAAAUUAUACGGCUGUAUAGUGGGGACGUUCCCUCUACUUCUGUCUUUGAAUGUUUCAGUAGAUGUUCUUCAAGUCCAUUGCCACCGCCUCAACUGCUUCAGUGCUUGUAGGACGUGCGUGCCCGCUGCUUGUCUGCCCUCUACUAGUCCCAUAUGCCCAAAUAGACAGUCGGGAAUACCAUCUGUACUGGAAAACCAUUCCCCUUGCAUAGACUGUCACUGUCGUGUCUUUGCAUAUUCAUAAACAGACUACACACUCAUCAAACAUACAUACCUUUGCCAUGAUUGCUUAGUUUCGGCCAAUCUGAGGCUUAUCGGAAUGCUGAUAACAAUCCAUCUAUCCAGCCGUCUUCUAUUGUUUAUCCAUGGUAGGGACUUCAUCCUAGAUCAGUUUAGAGACAAUAGCCAUGUUUACAUGAGGAGUUUUUCUCUUUCCGAAUGACCUUUCCGAAAGCAAUGGUAUACAUGGAAAGGAAUAUUCCAAUCUCUUGUCUACAUGCGUCGCUAUAAUCAACCAGAAUAGUCAAUGGGGCAUGCCCAGUAUAACGUAAACACCAACAUCACGUGAUACAGACUUCCUCCAGUUUUUCUUUCACUUGUUGGAAUAACUCCGUAUUGCCAGUUUUUCCUUCGUCCAGUCUUGAAAUUUAGUUUGGAUCAAAAACAAACUUUCCACAGCAGUCCAGUGCCGAUUGCUCGCCUCCAUUUUUUUAAAUCGAAGAACGUCUGGAGCUGCGUGUUACGUCAUAUCUCAGCAUUCGCUGAAAGAACGCACCCGGGAACAGGAAAAGAUAAAGUUCAAUCUUGCUAAAAUUUUAUAAUUAACCUUAUGAAUGACUUGUGAAUGGCGUAUAGAAGGGUUUAGAUUCUGUUCCACAGAUGGCGCUAAUGCACACCAAAGCUGCUUGCCAACCGCCAAUAAACAACAGAAGAAGAAAAACACCACGAAGAACGCAGUCUGACAACUUUCCGUUUGAGCGGGUACAAGAUACCUCAAUCGGAUUGGGGAAAGGAAUAUUCCACCCCUGUGAAUCCGAUUAUAUAUUCAUUCGGAUUGGCACAGAAUGAGGUGUAUACAAAGGUUACAUUCUUUCCGUUUGAGCAAAUAACCCGAAUGGAAUUGGAAUAUUUGGGUCCAUGUAAACGUGGCUAGUGUGUCCUGGGUCUUCCCCGAGACCUCUUACCAUUCGGAUGUUCCUCCCUGUGGAGGUGUCCGGGAGGCAAUCUGACCAGCUCAGCCCCCCUACAGGAAAACUCAUUUGUGCAAAUAGUACCUGGGAUUUGGUCUUUUUGGUCACAACCCAAAGUUCAUGACCGUAGGUGAGAGUAGCAACUUAGAUCGCUGCAUUGACAGCAUCACCUCGUGGUGAGCCAAAAGACAAAGCGCUCAAUUUACCUGUCGAUCGACAUCCCUACCCUCACCGAGGUUCUGGAAAAUGAUUACAAAUCGGAUAAAACUAAUGUUGGCAGAUUUUUCCGUUUUUGCUGAAGGCAUUUAUUGUUUGCCCCAAGAUGGUUAGAGAUGGUGCAAUCAUCAGUGAGCAGUUGUUUUUUUUUCUUUAGAGAUGUCCCCAUCUCCAUGCCUUUUUUUAUUGAGUGGAGAUGGGUGAUUCAUUUUUACAGCAGGCCGGAUAUUGAACUGUAGGGGAAGUAGUAGUCACGUGGAAGUACUUCUGCAUUGUAUCAUGAAAAUAUGUCUACAAAAUGGCCAUUUUAAGGGGGUGGUACGAGCAGAGCUGCAUUCAAUACCACAAAUUGAAUCCGUCAUCUGAGGACCAAACAGCGGUUAGCAAGGCUGAUAUGCCACAGCAGAAAAACGAGAGUGAUAGAUAGAAAGGUACCGGAAAGGUUGUCAAAUUUAUUGAGUCGGACAUCCAGCCUAUCUGUGUGGCGGCCUUUGAGAAUAUAUGGAUCAACUUGUGAUCUGCCAAUCUAGAACUCGAUAUCAGAAAUCCGAGUGGGAUCAGAGGCCAAUAUGCUGAUUGGGACAUCUUUAGUUUUUAAUUAAGUUUUUGUGGCUCGUUGCUAAUAUUAUUUGACAUUUGACAUCAUUUGAAACACAUUUGAGCAUUCAGGCAUUGGAACUGGAAGUUUAUCAUCUCAUUUCUUAGAACUGUCCUUGUUCCAGUCUCUGUUGGUGCUCAAACCAAACCAUGCUCACGCGUCCUUGACCCCGCCCGUCCCCCUGUCCGUCCGUCAGGUGUGCUCCUGUGCUGUCAGAUCACCAAGUGGCUGUUUGCAUGUUAUAAAGCAAAGGAAACAGAUAUUAUAUAAAUACUAUAUAUACCUAAAUAUGUUUUAUUUCACCGGUAAAUGUGUACUGAAACCACAAAUCUGCGAUACGCAUCCAAUACGCACUCAAACUCCAACAGUAACGCAGUUUGUGGCAAAACCUAAGAGUAUCACAUUUUUUUACUGCUGUAAAAUCCAAUCUUCUAUAUAUACAUGAUGCUUUUGUGUUACGCUAUGAAAUGCCUUUUUUGUUUAGUUUUUUUACAGAAAAUCAACCCUUGAACUUGUGUUACGCUUUGAAAUGAUCAAGCAAACACUAUUGUGAACUCAUGUACACAAACCCCAUGGUUAUUCCUUGCUUAGUAGAGAUAAAAAAAAAAACUUCAAAAAGAUGACCAAAAAAAAUAAAAAAUAGAAAGUACAAAAAAAAACCCUGUCGAUGUAUUCGCCGCUUGUGUAUAGUGAAUGUUUGUCGGUCACUGGGUGUGGCCGUGGGUGGCACACGCUAGUUGACUGUGACAGUGCAAAUCUGUUCAUAAACUUCUUUUGUACACCUGCUUAUUGUCGAGGUGAUAAUAGUGGUUCUAAAGAGUCCAUCAACCUGGUAAUGUGUUUUGUUAAUAAGUCACAAAUAAAGUUUUUUCUUAAAUAUCUCAAA